GCACGGACUGGGGAGGUUUCUCGAAGCACUAACGGUGCAGUAGCGCCUUCCGUUUAGAUUAAUCCAUGCCUGCCUGCCUGCCCGCUCGCUGGCUGGAGUCCUCGUCCUCGUUUCCUCGUCUCCUCGUCUCCUCCUCCUCCUCCUCCUCUUCCUUCAUCAUCUCCAACGGCAAGACCAUCCUCCGAACAAGCGCGACCCGACACCGUCUUAGACCGUGUCCGUCCUUCCCCCAGGCCGAUCACAAUCAAUUAAUGCCAUUGUACUACCGCGCGACAUACAUCAUGAUGAGCGGUCGACACGACGACACGACUCCAGCCGGACGGCGAACUAGAGACUAAGGCAGCAGACCGAUCCGGAUCCUGCUGCGGUGCCAGGAAUUGGCUCGCCCCCGCCCCCACCAAUCACCGUCCGCCCUCCGACGGCAAUGGCCGACCGUCUGUUGCUCUCGCAGCCUAUGGUAAAACAAUCCGGGUUGGAUUCCUCCGGCAUGCCCUGCUCUGCUACUGCUGUUGCUACUGCUGUUGCUACUAAUGCUACUGCUACUGCUGCUGCUGCUGCUGCUGCCCUGCCUACUUGGGUUACGGACACGAUCGCGUUCCCAGGUCGCGCGUCGCGAUGGCCCCCUCGGGAUGAGAUAGAUGGCUUCCCGAAGGCCUUCUCCAUCCCGGCCCGUCACCGUCCAGACACUGUGGCCAAACGUGUUGCUGAUGCCGUGAGGCGAGCCGUAGUUCAGACGGCGAGAAGCGUGGGACGCACCGUGGAUGGUUUCACCCCUCGCCGUAUCGUCGGCCGAGAUCCAUAUAAAACUGGUGCUAUGGCCGGGGAUGAGGGGAUCUGAGCGCAGCAUAGUCGUCCCUAGUCACUACCUUAACCCCCUACCUUGAUGGAAUCAAAUCUAAGCUUGGACUGUGCACUUGCAUGCAUGAUCCGUCUAACCUGGUCUGUCCCAUCGGCCCGAUGGUUAAUUUAUCCGUGUCCACUUGGGGUCGCCUCUGCAGGUGAGGUUGCUGGUCGACUUGGAGAUGGCAGCACCCGGCCUGCGCCUGCUCCGCUCAUCGGACCUGGUCCUCCCCUCCGGGCCUCGCUGGGAGACGGGAGCAGUAGGAAGGAGCCUAGAGGAACACGACGGGGGUGACAGAC